AUAUUUGUGAGGACGUGAUGGCUUAAGGAAAGCCAGAUAACAUGUAGGGUGGGAUGACAUACGCUCAGUAGCAUUGUUGAUGCAUGACCUAGUUACAACUUGCACAAAUCUUAUUUAAAGCAGUAACACAUGAAGGCCUAGGCAUGCCUGAGGAGCACUUGGGUCUAGGGCAGAUGGCAUUAAGACUUUCCCCAACGCCAUCCCCCCGCUUCUACGGGAACCCUUCUCUUCUCUCUCCUCUCCCUCUCACAGCAACCCCACAUAUGCCACACAGGCGUGCCCUUGUGCAAGGGUUGCACCUACAACCUCUCUCCGCCACGUCCUACUGCCACUAUCUCUCUCCUCCACCUCCUUUGCCAAAUCUGAACGGGCGGCCCUUCUUCUCCGGAGAUGGAGACAAUCUAAUAGACGUGCUACAUAUGAAUGAUGGCAAUGGAGAUUCAAGUUAUGCUAGCAAUUCCUUUCUUCAGGAACAUGCGAUACGGAGAGCGUUACCAUAUAUAAAGCAUACAAUUAUGGAUAUGGCUAAUCGUGAUGUCUUCUUCAACAGUUGUUUCAUGAUUGCUGAUUUAGGAUGUUCCUCCGGCAUGAAUACUCUAUUGGUUGCAUCUAGCAUAAUUAAUAUAGUCCAUGAUGUGUGUCAAGAAAAUAACCGUAAAACACCACAGUUUCAAGUGUGCUUGAAUGAUCUCUUUGUAAAUGAUUUUAAUACUCUUUUUAAGUUAUUACCCAACUUUUACGAAGAUCUAAAGAAGGACAAGGGAGAAAAUAUUGGUCCUUGUUUUGUUUCAGCCGUUCCAGGUUCUUUCUAUGGUAGACUCUUUCCAGACAAAAGUUUGCACUUUGUUCACUCCUCUUAUAGCAUUCAAUGGCUUUCUCAGGUACCUGAAGGUCUUGAAUGCAAUGAAUUAAAUAUAUAUAUUUCCAAAACAAGUCCUUUUAAUAUACUGCGAGCAUAUGGAAAGCAAUUUCAUACCGACUUUACAAGGUUUUUACAACUACGCCACAAAGAAUUAGUACAUGGUGGACACAUGAUUUUAGUCUUACCCGGUCGGAGUGAAGUUGAUCCAACUAGUGAUGAUUGUUGGAGUCUGUGGGAUUUACUCACCAUAUCACUUCUUGAAUUGCUUAAAGAGGGGUUGGUUCGAGAAUCAGAUAUUAACUCAUUCAAUCUUCCAUUUUAUCUUCCAUGUGAGGAUGAACUUAUGAACAUUAUUCAAGAUGAUGGAUCGUUUUCUCUUGAUAGCAUGGAUGCUUAUGAAGUCAAUUGGGAUCCACAUGAUACUGAUUACACAAAUAUGAAAGACUUAAACAUAGAGCCCAACCACACCCAUGGGAAAAACACAACAAAGAAAAACACAGCAAAAGUGAUUAGAGCUAUUACAGAACCAUUGUUGACUUAUCAUUUCGGGAGUUCCAUAAUUGACGUGCUAUUUAAGAAGUACGAGAAGCAUGUUACAAAACAUUUAGCAAUCAACAAGACAAGGCAAUUUACUAUUGUCAUUUCAUUGACCAAGAAAUGAGUAAAUUAUGUGUUAAAUUAUUAGAUUAUAUAAACUUAGACUUAGUAUUAUCUUUAUUAAUUGUUGGUAUGUCAUAAUCAUAUAUUCAUAUGUAACACUUAUGUAUUUCAUACCUUAAACUUUGUAUGAUUUAGAUUAAUUAGAUAUAAAUGGUUGUU